AUGGCGGAAGAGACUGAUGUUGAGGUUGCGAUCGCUUCCUUCGAGGAGUUGAUGGAACUGGAGAAGGAAUUCGAAGAUGUAGAGGUUGAGAUCAUCCGCCAACAAGUCGCUCUCAGCAAGCCUUUGUAUGAGAAGAGAGCCAAGUUGAUUCCCAAGAUCGACAACUUCUGGGCCUUGGUUUUCGAGCAGGCGCCCCCGGAUCUAGACCAGUACAUCCAGCCUACCGACUCUGAGGUGCUCCUUUCCUCAUUGAAAUCCCUCUCGGUUUCUCACUUUGAGAUUGAGGACGGCGGCAAGGGUGACCCUCGCAGUGUAUCCAUCAAGCUAGAGUUCGCCGACAAUGAGUGGUUUGAAGACAAGGUCCUCGAGAAGAAGUUCUGGUACCGCCUAUCCAAGGAUGGCGAUGCUGGUCUAGUCAGUGAGCCGGUCCCCAUCAAGUGGAAGUCGCCCGAGAAGGAUCUUACCCAGGGAAUCAGCGACCUAGUCUUGAAGGUCUGGGAGAACAACAAGAAGCAAGGCCCGUCAGACAGCACUAAGAUCAAGAAGGAGAAGGACUACACUCCUGAUGAGAAGGCGUUGAAGGAGAAGAUCGAGAAGACCGGCCUGGGUGGAUUUUCCUUCUUCUGCUGGUUCUCUUACCGAGGUUUGAACGUAUCCGAGGAAGAGAGCAAGGUCGCAUGGGAGAAAGAGCAGAAGGAGCGAGCUGCGAGAGCGGCUGGCGAGAUCCCCGAUCUCAAAGAGGUCGAUGAAGAAGAAGAGGAGGAUGACGAGGAGGAAGACCCCUAUGCGCUUGAGGUAUUCCCCGACGGUGAAGAAGUCGCUCUUGCAUUCAGCGAUGACCUCUGGCCCAACGCCAUCAAGUACUUCACACAAGCCCAAGAACUUGACGGUAGCGAUGUAGACUUUGAAGAUGAGGACGAGGAUGAAGAGAUGGGCGACGCUGACGAGAAGCCUAAAGCCAAUGGUGCCCAACCCCCAUCAAAGAAGCGAAAAGCUUAA